CCGCGAAAGCAUCAGAUUUUUGUCGAAUCAUUUUGUUUUCCAAUAUGCUAAAUGAAAGUUCAUAGAAAGGGAGAUUUGGAGCCUUGUGAAUAGUCGGUGCUACAGAAAACGACAGUGAAUAAUGUGCAACAGGUGAUUUCAGUGUACAGCUGAUUGACAACUUCGGUACUCAGCCCGGUUCAGCCAUGAUUGCAGGUACGGAAAGCAGAUUCGCUGGUUCAGCGGAGGAAAACGAAUGCUGCUGAAUUUCGACAACUGAUUUUCGGUUGAGUAAUAAGGACAUUACAGCAGAAGAAGGAUAACAUGCCUAUUUCGAGUAUCAAUAUUCAUAGAUAGGCCAAAAAUAGACUAAAAGCUCGUUAAACCAUGAAGAAACGAAUAAAGAAAUUCCUUAUAGUGUUUGUAGCAAUUUGCAUCACAGGGCCAUUGCCAUACAGCCUGAUACACAAAGAAAACCGGAGUGUCAGUGACUCAAAAAUUCUCCAGGAAAUUCAGGGCGGCAGCAAGACAGAACACAAAAAUUAUUCAAUUAAUUCAAGGAGAAGAGUGGAAGUGGAUAAUUAUAAUAGUUAUACCUAUUCUGUGAUAGAAAAUUAUAAACCGAAUGAUAUAGAAAAUGGUGCGAACCUGGUAAGCUACAAUAAUUUAACGGAAUCUGUGACGCAACAUGUACCAAACUUUCCCAGUCAUAACGGAUCAGAAACAAUAUACGAAAAAUCGAACUACAUUCAAACAAAAGAUGAAAAGCGAGCCAAUACAUCUAAAACGUCUCGACUUGACGAUGACUCGCCGACGAGUGAGAAAAGGAGAGUGAAGACUGUCGCAGAUAUAAGGGAGGAGCAAGAUCGAAGACGCAAAGUUGUGGAGGAAGUAUGCAAUGCGUUCGGCGUCCAACGGGAUGUCCCGAAGACAGGUAGCUCUCUCAUCAACAAUGUGCAUCCUGGAGACAAAGAGAACUACGUCGAUAGCGUCUCAAUGAAUCAUUUCCACCUCGCUCGAUCGACCUCUUCUAUGACGUGUCUUCUCAACAAGGUCGCGUCAACAUCCCUAGCCGUAGCACUCCUGAAGGCAGAUGGGAGGCCAGUUCCAGAAUGGAAUGACAGUGUCUCUCCUCACGGAGCCGCAGCUGUUCUGAAACCGAAGACAGAGGCUGAAUUCAAGUUCGCAAGAAAAUACUUUUUCAAGUUCCUCCUGGUCCGCCAUCCCUUCGAAAGACUUCUGUCAGCCUACAGGGAUAAGGUAAAAAGAGCCAAUCACUGGUCGCUAAAAUCGUUUCGAAAACACAUCGCAGAAACCCUGAAGAACAAUUCCAAGUUAAAGAAUGCCGCGGAAGGAGUUCCAAAAGCGCACGGUGAUAGUUUGGUUAGAGGGGGAGGAGAGGGGACCAACUUACUCGAAGUCGGAGAGGAAAUUUCUGUUAAUAAUCUCGCAAGUGACUCAAUGGGGAAAGAUGGUGAUGAUCAACCCAGAGUCGUAGCUCCUCCCACCGAAGAAUCACGCGUCACAGAAUCGCGCCGAAAAACGGAAAACGGAAGUCCUGGUGCCAGCAUCCAUCUCGGCAACACUCGUGAUUUGAAUUAUACCCAGGAAAUACACGAAGGAGAAAACCCGUCAUCAACUGUGACUAGACCGAUCGAGAAUUCGCCCACAAAGACAGAAACUAGCGUCUGGCAACCCGGAACGCCUCAGAAAGUCAGAACUAAUGACAACACGAAUUUACAAACACAUCACAUCAAAAUACCGGGUGAAAAUAAGGCAACUCAGACAAGCGGCUUCAAAAAUAAUAGUGGUAUCAGUCCACCAGCUGUGCCAACAUUUCAAGAUUUUCUUGAAUACGUCCUGCUCCCAAAUGUAACAGAUGACCCAUUCAGCAGCCACUGGUCCCGUUACUGGGAAACAUGCUCGCCUUGCAGCCUCUCCUAUGACGUCAUAGCCAAGCUAGAGUCUGCUAAAGAGGACCUUCAAAUGGUGUACGCAAGAAUGGGCUUACACGGGAACUCCGUCGCGAAGGAAAGGCACAAUGAGUCUCCCAAUGCCAAGUCCAAGGAAACCAUGUUAGCAUCCUAUUACAGCCAGCUCGAUCCUGCACUCAUUGGAGGAAUUUAUCGACGCUUUGCACUGGAUUUUCAACUCUUUGAAUACGAUAUUAUGGACGUUUUUAGAUUAGCGGGACACUGCACAUCGCCUGCCUGCAGUGAAAUGACAGAUUACUUGUGACGCAGGUUUCUAUGACCUAGUUUUGUUUGGGAAAAUUUCGAAACCUGGAUUUUUUGUCUCUUUCAAUAGAAUAGAAUAUAGAAUUUAGGCCAAAGGCCAAGUGCUGGGACCUAUCAUGCCAUUCAACGCUGAAAGGGAAACUGAUAGUAAGAAGGUUUUAAAGGUGUAACUGGAGGAAACCCUCGCUGUUGCACUAGGAAGCAAUUUUUGGAGAAGGUAGAAAGUCAGAUGUGAAAAAAAUAUGAACGGAGGUACAGUAAAAGAAAUAAGAGAAGUUGCAACCAGGUGCUGAAGGGACGCUGCAAAGACCCUUAAGUAAUGCUUACAAUGCACCCUUAAGUAAUGCCCUGGUACAGUGCACCACGUGAGGCAGUUCCUUGUUGGACGAGUCGGUUACGUGCUCGACUACCGACCUUAUAGGGUCCGGGUCCGAUUUCCCGCUCUGCCAACGCGGAAUGAGAGGAAUUUAUUUCUGGUGACAGAAAUUCAUUUCUCGAUGUGGUUCGGAUCCCAUAAUAAGAUGUUUGUCCCGUUGCUAAGUAACCAACUGGUUCCUAGCCACGUAAAAAUGUCUAAUCCUUCGGACCCGCCCUAGGAGAGCUGUUAAUCACCUCAGUGGUCUGGUUUUUAAACUAAGAUUUACUCAACUUUUAACCACGUGAGUUGCACUGAUGGCACUAAGCGCCCUCCCCUCCCUACUAUAUAGUAGAUUCACACCAACCGUGCACUUGAUAUCUAGGCCAGUCCCUUACGACGCAGCCAGAUAAAGAGAUGAAACAUACAUCCUGCCUAUGUGAACUCUCGAGAGAGACUAAGAGUUUCCAGCCCUGUGAUUGGCUUAUCAACAGCCAAUCAGGAGCGUCGUAGGGGACUGGCCUAGACAUCAAGUGCACGGUUGAUGUGAAUCUACUAUAGUUCGUCUCUUCGAAUAAGACAUCAUUGACGUUUUUCAAUUACCAACGAUUAGCUAACAUCCGUGACUCGGGUCUUUUAAAAGUUAAAAUAUAUUAGUCAGGUAAUCGUUUCAAAAUGUUUCUAUUAAAAUGGAAUUUGUAUAUUAUUCGCAGUUUUAAUCUUAAUACCCUACAUAGUCCUUUGAGAAAAACUGAUCUGAUAUGAUGUUA